UCCGGGCCCGGCCGCCCGCCCGCCGUGAGGGAGCCCAGGCGGGCCGGGGCCAUGGCCGAUGGCAACGCCGACUGGAUGGGCUCGCUGCCGCCCGCGCUGCGCUCCCUGCCGCUCUCCAACCUCGCCAUCCCGGGGUCACAUGAUUCUUUCAGCUACUGGGUUGAUGAGAAAUCUCCUGUGGGACCAGACCAAGCAAAAGCCAUCAAACGUUUGGCCAGAAUUUCCUUGGUUAGAAAGAUCAUGAAGAAAUGGUCAGUGACUCAAAAUUUGACUUUCAAAGAGCAGUUGGAAGGUGGGAUCCGCUACUUUGAUCUUCGUGUGUCUUCCAAACCUGGGGAAAUAGGCCAAGAGAUUUACUUCAUACAUGGCUUGUUUGGCAUCAAAGUAUGGGAUGGGCUGAAGGAGAUGAACAGUUUUCUUGAGCAGCACCCCAAGGAAGUAAUCUUCUUGGAUUUCAAUCAUUUCUAUGCCAUGGAUGACAGCCAUCACCGCUUCUUGAUCAACAGGAUCCACUCAGCAUUUGAAUCCAAACUUUGUUGUGUUGAAUGUGUAGAAUACGUGACAUUACUGUACAUGUGGGAGAAGAAACACCAGGUUCUUAUAUUUUACCACCACCCUUUGUAUCAGGAAUAUCCCUUCCUGUGGCCAGGUAAUAAAAUGCCAGCACCAUGGGCUAAUACAACUAAUGUGCACAAACUGCUACAGUUCCUGGAGACCACACUUGGGGAACGAAGUCGUUACGGGACUUUCCACGUAUCUCAAGCAAUUCUUACACCUCGAGUGAAAACAAUUGCAUGGCAUCUAAUUCGUGGUCUGAAGAACACCCUUGUUCUUAGGAACCUGCCCAUGAUUUUGAAUUGGGUGAAAGCACAGAAGCCUGGUGUUAUGGGUGUUAACAUAAUUACAUCAGACUUUGUGGAGCUGGUUGACUUUGCUGCUACAGUUAUUGCAUUGAACGACCUCCUUUUGGAAGAUGAUGAAUCUGCAACUUAAAUCCUGAUUGCUGUGUCCCACUUGUGUUCCUUAGUGGACAUCUGUGAACUAUGCUAAAUGUUUUACUUGUCAAGUGAAACCUAUUGUAAUCUCUUUAUGAAAAAAUGUUUCCUAGAGGAAACGUGGCAAAACUUCACAUACAGCCAGGUCCUUUCUCCUGGAGUGGUGUGGAGCUGAGUGAGCUGAGUGCUGUGUGAGUGCUGCUGUGUCAGUCUGUCUGUCUGUGAGUGCUCUGUUUGGCUGAGCUGUGCACACAUCUGCUGCUGACAGGGGCUGGCCUCUGGAGCAGAUAUACCCCAUUGUGGUGCACAUCUCCCUGGUGACGGCGUGCCCAGCGCGCCUGUGUAUCCAUCCUGCCCGCUUCCCAUGGCCAGGGCUCGCUCCAGGGAUUGCUCCUGAUCCCAUGGCAUUGUUCCUGGGCCACCUCUGGCAUAGCUGGGCUCAGCUGGAGGCUGCUGCUCUGUUCAUUAUGCUGUUUUAGACACUACCUCUGACUUACUUGAAGAGACAAUACUGCUGUUGUUCAGGUGGAAGCUGCUAAUGCUGCAUUAAAUAUCAAAACUGUCCUUUGGGCCUGAGAGGUGAAGGCUUGGCACAAUCUUUCUUCUCAACCUCUGUUUUAUUUUAUUACUUCAAUACAUUAAUUGCAACUGUUUUUAAGUGUAUUUUUUUUUGGCAUUAAUUUGGAGAAUAUUUCAGUCUUAUUUUGUGGAUUAUAACUGAAGUCUGAAUUCCUGUUUCCUGUGACAUAUAGGAAACAUUCAUUUUCCUGAAUUCCUGGGACAUUUAGGAAGCUACAGCAUAACCUUUCUCUUUUACCUGUUGGUAACCUGUUGGUUUACUUGGAGUUUUUGAGUCAAUUAAAUUUUUCUUUUCUCUCACCCAGGUGUCUUACUUAGCCUUCCCAUCUUACUCUGGGAGGAGAUGGGCUAAGUAUGGGCUUGCUUGAUAUUCAGAGAACUGUACCUGACAGGGACUGCUCAAAGCCCAAAUAUUGGAUCACUGUGAUUUGUGAUGGGACAGUGAAUUCUGCAGUCAGACCUGAAAAUUGUGCUUGUAGACAGAGAGCCACACCUAUUAAGGGAGAAAUUUCUCCAGCCUUCACCUGCUUGUGAUAGAGUAAGCAAUAAUCACACAAGCACAGGCUGAUGUUAGUACUGCUUCUUUCUUUAGUCAUACUUAUUUUGUGCUGGUUCACAAUGAAAUGUGACUGUGUGUGUUUGAGCCAAUGGUCAAACAUAUGUUGGUACUUAUCAGCACUUAAUUUACUAGCUGAUAAUAUCCUAUGGUCUGAUUUACCUUCAUUGUUUUAUUUUUUUUAAAAAAUGCACAAAAAGGACUGAUUAGCAGACACUUCUCUGCUCAAUCAUCUUCCUGAAGCAACUAUUGGUGCACUAAUUAUCCGGUGAUUAUGAAUUUGUAUUUAUCUCCAAGCUUAUUUAUUAUAGAAUGGAUUGUCUUUAUACGUAUUUAAUUCAAAGGAAAACAUUUAUGUACAGGUUUAUUAUUUAUUUUGAUGUUUUAUCCUGUAUCUGCCAUUAUGGUCUGACAGCUGUGAAAAAUCCCAGCUUUCUUUGCUUGUCACAACUCAGGAGAAAUGUAAAGGUUUGCAAAUCUUCUCUGUGAACCUUGGCCGAGUUCAGAGCAGACUGUAAUCUGAUUUAUCUGUUGUUUGCCUGGCUUUCAUUAGAGUUCCUUGAAUUUUUUUAACUGAAUCGUUUCUCUAAGGGAGUUGGGGGUGGGGGCAGUGCUGUCACACACUGUCUUUCUCCUUUCCACUUGUGUCUCAGUGAUAAAGGGACUAGUCCCAAAAAUCAGGGUUUGGGAACUAUGUUCAAAUUUGUUUUAAUACUUCCUUUUAAAACCACAGCAGAAGGUUUUUAUUGGAUUUGGUGCUUUUCUUCUUGUUGAUGAAACCAUCAGAACCUGUUCUGAACAGUUCUGUUCAGUCUGCAAGUUUAUUUAAAAUACCUGGAUUUUCCUUAGCUGACUUUUAUGUUUAUUUUACUACUACUUUACUCAUGGCCCCAGCUGAAACUCCAUGUGGAUUUGGUUUUGGUGGUUUCCUUCUACAAAUUGUCUUGGUGCUCAGAGCUCAGCUGGGUGUUAACACCAAAGUUGUGGGUUUGUUCCCAGUAUGGGCCAUUCAUUUAAGAGCUGGAUUCAUUACCCUUAUGGGUUCCUUCCAGCUCAGAAUAUUCUGUGAUUCUCUAACUUGGCUUGAAUACCAGUGAGGCAGAAAUAAUACUUUGCAAGGUUCCCUGCAGAACUGGAAGACAAAGCAAGGUGAAGUGAGUAUGGUGUUUGUACUUGACCCUUAAUAUGUUUUCUACUAUAUAUAUAUAUCUGCCUCAAAAGAGAUUUAUUUGGCUUAGCCAAUAUUUGUAUUGUGUGUGCACAGUAAUGACUUAUUAGUCCUUCUGCUGUAUUUAUUUAAAUAGAGAUGGGAUGGGCUUGGGGCUUUUGUUAGAUGUUUUUAAGUGCAAACUCAGAAGUUUAACAUAUUUGCUGUUAGUUCACACCUGAAACAUGCUGGGUGUUAAGAAUGUUAGCAGAGGGAAAAGAAAUGGAAAAUAGAUUUAGUACUAAUGGUGAAGUAUAUGGGGAAGGGAAACAUUUCUGUAAGUUUGGCCUGUCAGAAGAGACCUGAGUGUCAUUUCAGAGCAGGGCUUGGUGGUGUGCUUCCAGUGUGAGCAAUCUGACAGUCCUAAAUGGUGAGUUGGGCAGUUGGCAGGUAACACUUGUCUAUGACAUGACAUCUCCCUUGGCUUCCUACUGUGGGCAGCUUUCAUGCUGGUGUUUAGAAUUGGUCCUAGGGUUGUCUGAAACCACCCUAAGCAAUAUGAACUACCUUUCAUCUAUUCUGUUACACAGAGAAAAGCUAUCCAUAUAAUGGGCUUAUCUUGCUUACUCAACACCAAAACAUAUCCAGACUUCCUCAUGCUUUGCAAAAUUGAGCUCAUCCAGGCUUGGACUUUGGGCUGUGGAUUCCAUUUUCUAGCAUUACAAAAUUAAAAGGUGAGCUAGGCAGGAAGGGAGGAUCAAGGAAGUAGGGCAGUAGUUUGCAUCCAGUGCCCACAUGGAAGGUGUGGCAAUGCUUAGCCCAGUUCUGGGCAGCAGAAUGGAGCAGGUCUGGCAGGUGAGUGACAGCACUGCAGCUCACACUUGCUUGGCCAAGUCUGGCCCCUGAGAGCAGCAAAUAACAGCCUGCAAGGUCAGCUUGAGAAUAAAGAUGUGUGUGAGCACAGGAGAAGGUGGGGGGGUUCUUACAGUUGAUGUAGAUGCUCAUCUGGUGUAUACAGUGGUUUUAGUCUUGCUUGUAUAUCCCCAAAGCACUAGAGUUCACUUUUAAGUUGGCUGGGAAGAAAACCUCCCCAGAGGAAUGGUUCUGACCCCUUGACCAUUUGGUAGGUUCUGGGAGAGGAGAAGGCAGAAAAUGAGCAGCUGCUUGAGGCAAAGUACUUAAACUGGGUAUUCUUGAAUAAUUGCACAUAUAGUUUGUUAUUACAGAUUCAGGUUAGUUACACACUGUUUUAUGACUGUUGUUUCCCUUCCUGGUGUGCAGUCCCUCCUGAAUGCUAAGCACACUGGUGGCAUUCCUCUUCUCACACUGAUUGCUGCUGUGUGCCAUUUAAAGGCAUAUUUGAGGCACAGUAGACCUCUGUGUGUAUCCCUGAUGGGAAGUAGUAGAUGUUUGUUAUGGAGCAUCUACGAGUUUUUAGCCUCUUACUGUGUCCCACAGGUGGAAACAAAAAGCAGUUAGUACUAGAUAUUGCACACUGACAAUCAUUUGGCUUUUACUUGGGGCCUACUGUCACAAUGUACUGAACUGCAUAGGGAAAUGGUGGAGUCACCAUCUGUGGAAGUGUUCAAAAACGUGUGGAUAUGGCACUUGAGGAUAUAGUGUAGUAAUGAAAACACCACUGCUGGACUUGAUGGUCUUGGAGGUCUUGCCCAACCUUAACAAUUCUGUGAUUCAGAAUAGAAAUGCUGCAAAAAGGCCCAUAUUCUGUUAAACAGUCUCUUUGAAGGAAAGAAUAAUAGGGAAAUGGUGUCUUUGCUCCUAGCACAUGCUGGGUUUUGCUGUUGUUGGUACUGACUUAGCUGAAUGUUGGAGUUUAAAAAGCACCUGAACUGUAAGGUGCCUUUUAAACUCCACUUUUGAGCAGGGAUUUUGUCUCAAACAGGAGCAGGACUUCUGCCAAGAUGCUCAUCUCUUCUCAUCUACUAAGCCUUUGGAAAUACUUUCUUUGCUUACCUGUCUGAGGUGUCAGAGUUCAUCGAUGCAUCAUUUAGCAGACCAGGGUUUAGGACAUAGAGGACAUGGAUAUUUUGAUUUAGAAUUGGGUUACCUAUGGAAGUCUGAGCAUGUGUGACUUGAUGUUUACUUGAAUAUGCAGUAUUUAAUAUGACAUUCAUAUGCUGUUUUCAUAAGACUUUCAUCUUGACUUGAACACAUAGCUCCCAGUCCCUAAUGAGCAAACUUUUUGGUCAGAGGACCACUGUUUGGGACAAAACUUCAGGUAAAUUUUCAAUGCUUGUUAAAGCACAGAGAAAUUGUCUAAUGUGGGGAACAGAACUGACUCAAAAAAUUAUCUGAAUUAUUGAUCAGGUGUAAAUGCAGUCCUUUUGGCAAUGAAAAAUAAGACUUCUUUUUUCUUCUUUGACAAAUUCUUAUUCCAGCUUUGGUUUAUAGCUCAACAGAUGGGUAGAAGAGCCAGAGCAUAUGGUGAAGAGCAAAUAAAUUUUAUGCUAAGGACAUGUAUGUAGGACUAACUGUGGUAAGAGUAUGGUGAUUUACUUAAUGACACCUUUAAUGGUAAUCCUAUCAGCUCUUUGGUUUAGGUUGUUAAAUCAGUCUCUGUUUUGCAUUAAAAAUAAUAAGUCCCACUAAUUCAAUACAUCUGUUCUGUUGAAGUGUGUUUACUUCUGUAUGCAUAUUUAUUUCUUUACAAGUCUCACCAAGUAAACUGUUAAUUGUAGGGACUGGAAUAGGAAUGUCAACUUUAGAACUGUGUGCUGAAUCUGCUUAUACUUUAUAUCCCUGAAUAUUUAUGCAUUGUGUUGUCCAUUUAAACAGUACUUACCCUUUGUUAGAUCUGUCAUACCAUCUACACUGAACUGCAGCGUAUUCUUAAUUUUGAAGGAAGUGCUGAUCAGCACAUCCUAUAUAAAAAUAAUUUAGAUGGUUCUUUGAUUUUUCUCAAUGUCAAAUAUAUUUUCCAGAUUUUUUUUUAUUUUAUUUAUACUCUGAAGGGUGCAGAGGAGACCAGGUGAAGGGGAGUUACCAAUUCUCAGUAUUUAUUUUGUGCAGUCUGUCUCCCAGCAGUUUGUGCUUUCCCCACCUGUCUGAUUCAGUUUUGGGAAACCAGGAUGCCUCAUCUGCAGUCUCAGCUGCAGAUAAAUUUGGGGUUUACAUCUGUUUCUUCUGCUUUAUAUCAUUGGAGGUUUUAAUCCAGAAAAUAAUAAAAAUAAAAUAAAACUUGAACUAAUCA